UGGUGACGUCAUUCACCUACAUUGAUUAGCAAUGAAAUUGUUAUGGUAUUUAACGUAUAUUACUCAAGAAAAGUUACUUUAGAUAAACAAUUUUUUUUGUUAUUUAUAAUCAAUAUAAGCAGAUAGGGAUGGUAUUGGCAAAGAUAUACUUUCUACCGUUAGCUGUAUUUAUUCUUCUACCUGGAACAUUCAUUCUAACGUAUGUGAUAUCGAUAUUACUGAGGGAUGUAGAGGUGGAAUUUCCUUAUAUUAGUGACACUGGAACCUAUGUCCCAGAGAGUUGCAUCUUUGGCCAGCUACUGAACUUAGUAGCUUCUCUGAUUGCAGCCACAGUGUAUGUAAGGUACAAGCAGGUUGAACAGUAUUAUCGCGACCAUCUUUCAAAUGAAUCAAGACUGGUGCUUCGGCUCAACGUGGUAGGAUUGUGGUUAGGGUGUACUGCUGCAUUUGGAGUGAGUCUGGUAGCAAAUUUCCAAGAGACUUCUGUGUUCAUCGUCCACAUGAUUGGAGCAAUGAUGGCAUUUGGUAUAGGCAUGCUAUAUGCUUGGCUUCAGACGGUCAUGUCCUACUAUAUGUUUCCCUUGGUUAACAGUCUGCUGGUGGCUCGGCUGAGGCUCGUUUUGUCUAUAGUAAGCACUGUGUGCUUCAUUAUCUUAAAUGUAGCAACUCCUAUAUCACUGAAACAAUUCCAUGGAAAAGACAAGACUAAGUGGUAUCCUAAAGAUGGGGGAUUUGCAUCACAUGUUAUUUCUACAGUUUCAGAAUGGAUACUUGCAUUGGCUUUUGAUUUGUAUUUUCUAUCUUUUGUUCGAGAACUCCAAAACAUUACAAUGGCCUCACCUAAAGUUAUUUUUCUCACGGAAGAAACAGGAAUGUCUUCAACCAGUGACAUUUAUCACAGCGAAGAUAAUUUAGAGGUUGCUUUCCCACAGAGCCAUGGAAGCAUGGGGUCUGUCGCAACGGAAACAGUAAACAGUAUCAACUCUGUCACCACAGAAGCCAUUAUCCAUCGAUGAAACAGUCCUUACCAUUAACUAGUUAUGGGUUGGCAGUUAUCAUUACUAUAUAUAUUUGUAACUUGCUGAAGUGACAUACCAUUCUUAACUCUAAAACAUUGUACCACAUGUUUAUAUCAUGUAUACAUUUGUCUUGGAAAAAGAAGAGGGUGUGAAACAUCCAGUGAGAUCACACGUUCUUGCUUGAAGUGUUGUGAUUUCUGAUCUUGUUAAAUUUGCGCAUUGCUUUUAUCUCAAACUCUGUCAUUGGUACAGUACACAUUCUAACAUAUUUAGUAGGAAAACUGGUGUUAUUGUAUAGCCUGAUUUAUAUCUUGACCAUGUUGAUCUGAUUACACAUAAUAGCAUCAACUGUCCUUAUAAUCAGCCAUUCUUAAUGUUUUUCAGGCAGUUUCUUACAUAAAUAUAUUUCAUGAGAAAACUUAAAACUGAGCAAUACCAAUUUGUUUCUAAACUUCCCAGCCAGCUGUAAGAUAGUUAAAUAGAUUUUCUCACUGUAAGUCAUCAUUAUAGUAACUCCUUGUCAUUUAGUUCUGUCCUUCCUGGAAGUAUUUUACAAAAUAGUAUUAAAAGCCUUCUCGAAAAGUGGCGUGUAAUUAAAGUCCUUGGCUCUCACAGACUAUGAUUAACACUGAUGCAGAUCAGAUAAUCCUUUUGUUAUUUUUUAAAAUUGUUUCUUUGCUGCAACUACAAGUAUGCUGCGAAGUACUUUGAAGUCUGUUGUUGUUGUUGUGUUGUUAAUUUUGUGUAAGUCUUGACGAAACCAGUUGUAGUGUAAAAAUGUGCUUAGAGAUAUUUUAGUUCUCACUAACUUUUCUUCUAUCAAAACAUUUGUUUUUAGUAAACUUAGAUUUGGGGAAGUAAAUUUCUUCCUCGGUCAAUGAAUAUGAGUUAUUGGGCUUUUGGUGGUGUUCAAUUAAUAUUGAUGGAAGAGAGAGUUGUUCUCAAGCUGUCUUACCAAAGCCAUAAUUUAAAGAUGAUUGUUUGAGUGUUGAAAUUAAAUACUCAUGUUCUCAAAUACCUUGGGCCUUAUUUUACUUUUUGGGUCACUGAUGUUAAAAUAUAGUUUAUAUUCUUCUAUUAUCAAGGCCAAAUUCUGAUGGUGUUUUGGGCACUGAUAUGAAAUAAAUCACCUUCUUAAGUUCUCAUUUGCUGAAUCUCAAUGUUUUUUGAAUCAGUGAUUAUAAAUGACUGAAUCCAUUGACAUAAAGAAUCAAAAUCCAGUACUAAUGGUGUUAGGGUCACUAACAGUACACAACUGAAACCGUGAUAUAGAGAUAUCAAGACCCAAUACUAAUAGUGCUUGGAUCACUGAUGAUACAGAACUAAAUCCAUGACAUAAAGGUAUAAAGACCCAAUACUAAUAGUGCUUGGAUCACUGAUGAUACAGGACUGAAUCCAUGAUUUAACUCAAGGGCCGAUUAUAAUGGUAUACGAGUCACUGAUGAUAGUGGACCAAAUCUGUGGCAUAUAAAGCUAUCAAGACCCAGUUCUGACAGUGUUUUAUCACAUAAUGCCAGACUGAGUUUGGAACACUAACUUGAGAUAGGCCAGUAACAGAUAAGUGUGGGAUGUAAAGGAUUCAGCUUUAUAUUUAAUAUAUGAUUAAAGAAUUAAAGAGCUGGCCAUUGCUUAUGGUAUUGUUUUGUUUAGAUACAUAUUGUGUGAUGUACUCGACCUGGU